UCCCUCUUCCUUCCCUCUAGCUCCCACCCCCUACUCCUCUCUUUCACUGUGUGUACAACCAGUUGCUCCACUUCUCUCUUUAUUUCUUUGUUAAGAAAACCAUCAUUUUACAAUUAUCAACUUCCCAGGUUGUAGAAGAUUUCAAGUCGCUGGUGGGAUGGAAACUAGAUUUGCGAACAGCCCUUUAAUCAAUGAGCAAGAAGAUUCAGAAAAUUCACCUGAAAAUAGUGGAGAUUCUCCACGUUUUUGCAUGCUUAACGACAGCAAGAUGACUUGUACUUCAUCCCCUAAGAAAAGUAGCAGGCGAUCCAUACAGAAAAGAGUGGUGUCCGUGCCGAUCAAAGAUCCUGAGGGGUCAAGGCUCAAGGGUGAAAUGGGUGUUCCACCGUUCGAUUCUUGGGCUUGGAGGAAGUACGGCCAGAAGCCAAUCAAAGGCUCCCCUUAUCCUAGGGGAUACUAUAGAUGUAGCAGUUCGAAGGGGUGCCCGGCUAGAAAACAGGUCGAAAGGAGUCGUGUUGAUCCUAAUAUGCUCGUUGUCACGUACUCUUGUGAGCAUAACCACCCAUGGCCGACUCCUAGAAAUCAAAAUCAUCACAACCAAAAUCAGAAUAGUUCUCCAUCGAUUAACAAGGCAACAAAAACAACAUCUACAAAGGGUGAGAGUACAAAUUCUGCGAAUUCAGAUGAAGAGGAGGGGGAAGAAGAGGAGAAGCCUGCAAAAUUUGCUAGCCAAGCCGAGCUGAAUUCGGAUGAAAAAUUUGUGCCCUUAAUUUCUAGUGCAAGUGACUAUGGUUGGUUCUCAGAAUUUGAGUCUACUACGUCUUGCACCAUGCUAGAGUCUCCAAUUUUGACUGAGGCCAGGGUGACUGAUGCGGACUUGGCAAUGGCUUUCACAAUGAGAGAUGAUGAUGAAUCAUUUUUUGCCGAUCUUGGUGAAUUGCCGGAAUGUUCGACGGUUUUCCACCGGGGAAUGAUGGAGAGGGAGGAGGAACGCCGGCGGCACGGCUUGACACCUUGGUGUGGGACCACAGGGUGAUGAGAUCAACAAUUAAUUGAGACACCCUAUACUUGUUUUUAGUUCCAAUCAGCAACAUUAUUCGAAUUACUAUAUAAUUGAAUAGAAAUUUGGGUAUCGUGCUCCAUAAGAUGCCCUAGACCUCGAGGAACAAAGAAAAUUGAAAAAAAUAAAAAAAGAGAUAGACUUUUAAAUUUUUUUUUGUUGCAUUUAGUUUUUUUUUUUCUAUUUUUCCUAGGUUUUAGUGUAGGAUAGUGAGAAUAAAAAAGUGCCCACUAGGAAACUCUGCUUUAACUUCUCAUUGUAAUUAGCUUCAUGCAUGGAUGAUCCUAUCCUUAUCCAACGGCUAACUUUCUUGGCCUUUUUCUUUUGUACUUUAAGCACAAAUUGAAAGAGAUGUUCUUGGCAUUGUAA